AAAUUUCGUCAAAUAAAAGUCUUUGACUCUUCUCCUUUAUUUUAUUUCUUCAUACUUCAUGUCUGUAUUGCUCUGUUCUUUUCCGUUUCAAUAUUUGCAGUGCUUCGUCUUUCCUUUUCAUUCUGCGACAACAAACCCAUAUAUAAUAUCCCAUAUUUCACUCAUAGCAAUGGAGAUCUCCAAGCUUUUCACUACCCUUGUCAUUGUACAAGCUUCUCUCCCCAACACUAGAUUAAUGCAAGCAGCUCCUACAAACUCAAAGCUUUUCAGAGAGUAUAUAGGAGCAAUGUUUAAGAGUGUCAGAUUCACUGAUGUUCCUAUUAACCCAAAUGUUGAGUUCCACUUCAUUCUCUCUUUUGCCAUAGACUAUGACACCUCAAGUUCUCCCUCUCCUACCAAUGGAAAAUUCAACAUCUUCUGGGACUCUGGCAAUCUUAGUCCCACUGAAGUUUCUUCCAUCAAGAGACUCCAUUCGAAUGUUAAAGUGGCCUUGAGCCUCGGAGGUGAUACAGUGGGAAGUCGUUUUGCUUACUUUAGUCCUUCUUCAGUAGACUCAUGGGUAUCAAAUGCUGUUUCUUCUCUAACACAUAUCAUCAAGGAGUAUAAUCUGGAUGGAAUCGAUAUUGAUUAUGAGCACUUCAAAGGUGAUUCUCAUACCUUUUCUGAGUGCAUUGGACUGCUUAUAUCAACCCUCAAAAGAAAUAAAGUUAUCUCAUUUGCCUCAAUUGCUCCAUAUGAUGAUGAACAAGUUCAAAAUCGUUACCUGGCCUUGUGGAAGAAUUAUGGUCACCUAAUCGAUUAUGUCAACUUCCAAUUCUACGCUUAUGAUAAAGGAACCACUGUAUCUCAGUUUAUGAAUUACUUCAUGACACAGAGCUCUAAUUAUAAUGGCGGCAAGGUGUUGGUGAGCUUUCUGAGUGAUGGGAGCCGCGGUUUAACACCAGAUGAUGGCUUCUUUACUGCCUGCAGUAGACUCAAGAAUCAGAACAAACUUCAUGGUAUCUUUGUUUGGUGUGCAGAUGACUCCAAGGCAAAUGGUUUCCGCUAUGAGAAGGAAUCACAAGCAUUACUUGCAAAUCCGCACUAGUUUCAAGCAGAGUAACAACUUCUCAAUUACACCUUAAAUAUUACUUUGCUCAAAAUAAUUGAAAGUCCGUGGAGGACUUUUGUAUCAAUAAGCAGUAUAUGCCUUCUCAGUA